AUGCCUGCUCCAGCGGUAUAUAUUAUUGCAGCUUUAAGUGCUGUAGUGGCUGUUGUAGCCUUCAAGGAGUUUGUCUAUGAGCCGCACGUCGCUCCGAAGAUUGAAGCUUGGGCUGAAGCAUUCCUCGAAAACCGCCGCCGACGGCGGCAUCGUCUGACUGCCGCUCCUGUCCCGCAGUACACAACGCAGGAUGGUAGAGAUGAGAAUAGGGCCCGCAGAUCAGGAUCGGAUGGUGAACGAGGGGAGAUGCCUGUUGAGCUCGAACAACUGGUAACGCAAGAGGUGAACGAGUGGAGAGGUAGCCCGAACGGGUCUGGCCUUAGACACAGGAGAACGGCUGGCAUGAUGGACGAGUCCAACACCUUCAUCCCCUAUUCAACCCUAUCGCCCACGCAUGUGUUAUUUGACUCUUCUGCGCCUUCUUCCCCAGUUUCUCCACUGGAGAGACCGUCGCUACCGAGUAGCCCAAGGUCGAUCGGGGAACAUUCGGUUUCCGCCAGUCCAUCGACGUCGGUGCAUUCAUUGUCAGGACGUCAUCAGACACCUCAGGUCGCUUUUCGAGUUACUUCUCCAAGACUGCCCACUCCGAUAUCGAAUUAUUCCGAUCCAUCGUCUCGAGCCCUGACACCUAAUAUCACAGAUAUUGGCUCAUCUGUAUCUUCUGGAUCCUCAAAGGCCUCAACACCGGGCGCUUCGGACAUCAAUAUUCCUGCUUCUAUGUACAAUACUGCGAUGAUGGACACGUCUGAACUUGGACACGGGGCCACUGUUCUGGCGAACCCGACUUCGCGGUCACAUUCACCGUUUUCUGAUGUCUACUCAGUCGAGACGCACAGCAGCGGGUCGACCUCCCCAGAUGUACGCUCCCCCAAUAUUGGCUCUGACUUCGACUUGCCGUCGGAUGACGAUUACGAUGUGCUGUCCCCACGGUCAGGCAUGUUCAGUCCCGGUAGCGCCCAGGAAGUGUUGUCUCCCCAUUUUGGUAUGCUGGAUGCAGGAGGCGGGCAUGAGGAUGUAUCUGAUGCCCGAUCCCAACAAGGGAGCGAGGCGUCGUGGGCGAGUGUUGGUCGCAGGACGCCUGAGUUCUAG